AUUCACGACAUUGUCACCAGUUUCUAUUGUUAUUUACAAUAAAAAGUCUGACUUUCACUCAAUUUACCUGCGAAAUUAAGUUUAAAUCAAUCAGGGUCACCAACGAAAUUCUCAAUCUUAAAAAAACAAUAACCUGAAAUGUGUGCGCUAAUCGGAUCGGGUGUUCGUAAAUUCUAUUGCAACCACUGUCUAGAUCCAUUAAAACUGUUUGAAUUGCCAUCAGUUGAUAUAGUACGUGGCCGAACUCCAUGGGCUCCAAAGCAGUACUUGACAAGUUGUUAUCAUGUGUUGUGCGGCGAUUGUCGAUCCAAAAAUCGGGUCCAAACAUGUACUGCGUGCAAACAACAUUGUAAAACAAUGGAAAUCUCGUUCAAAAUGCCAAAACACUAUCGAUGGUAUUUUGAAUCGUUGAAGACAAUGAAAUUACCAUUGCUUUCUAUCAUCCAAUUUCAUCAAAAGCAAAAUCGGAUGGCGAUUCAUCGAUUUGCCCAGAUUAUUCGAAAUUACUACGCAAAAUGGGGAUAUGAAACGAAAAUCCGGCCAAUCGUCCAGUAUGACAUUAGACAUGCAACGCGACGGCUUAAUAAAUUCAAGAAUCUUCAUCGCCUGAUUCGCAUUGUUAAACUUCGUCGUGAAGAAGAAAAACAACGCAGAAGGAAAGAGCUCGAACUACAGCAACAACGACGUCGAACCGGGCACAGACAAUCUCACGGACGACGACCUGAAACAUCAUUUUCACCAGUUCGUGAAUACAACACAAGCAUUUCCAGUGAACAGUAUGAUAGCGGCUAUCAUUUCACAUUCAACAGCUGAAUCCAUGGCGAUUUUCAAUCGAACGGUCUCAGAGACAUUUUUUUGAACUUUUA